AUGGCGGCGACGACGAUGAUGACCUCUUCCUCAUCCCCGAUGCGCACGCCGGGCCUGUACUCGUCCCCCGCGUCGCCCCCGACGCUUCGUUCACCGCAGGCACUCCGACCAGCCUCAAGCUCCACCGCUCUCCCACUAGGGACAUCCUCUUCGGCCAACGCCAACUCAGCGUCGUGGUCCUCCCCUGAUCGACGCCAGCCCGUCUCGGUCGUCGCUGGGGCCGAGGGCGGCGCCGAAGCGAUCGCGGUCAGACGAAGGGGUUCCAACUCGUUCAAGACCAUGUCGACCGGUAGUCUCGUCUCCAACUCGCCUUUCGCGAAACGACUCGGUCAAGUCACUUCGAGCCCCAAGUUGAAUGGUACCAUCUCCCCGACCAUGUCCCCUACCUCGACCUUGGGCUCUCGUAUCCCGACCACGACCGCGACCAAGUACGGUGGUCUCUCCGUCGGCCUCGGUGCGCUCAAUGGUUCGAGGCGAAAAGUCAGUGGCGAGAAUGAGGAGAACCGCAACGUCUCGGCGGAAUAUGCGAACGUGGACGAGCACGAGGGCAAGGUCAUCUUUGAUGGGACGGGGGAGGGCCUGCCUCGGAGUCGAUCGGCAUCGCCCACGGUGCCGUUCCGGCCGAUUCGUUCGGUCAACCCGAGUCAUUCGACUGCGCUCGCUGGAUCAACGACGACGGGAUCGAGCAAUGCGGCAUUCAAACCUUCUCGACCCGCGUUCACGUCGACGAAUGGCAGCCAUCACGCCAAAUCGGCCUCGGUCGGUAGUGGGCCUGUUUCGAAUUCACUCUUCCUCAACCGAGCCAAGGACAACGAGGUCAGCCCCCCGCUCCAACAAGCUCCGUACGAGAUCGCCCCUCUCAGUCACGAGUCCGCCCCGUUCUCCUUCCACACCGCGAGUUCGAAUUUCAGUCAACCUCGUGCGGCGCCGACCGUUCCUCGUCCGACGAGCUCAACGGGCACGCCCAUCUCGCCCUUCUCGCUGGGUCAUCGACCGGGACAAGUUUCUCUCAAUGGUGGGGAGAGGCGCUUUGGCGGUGCAGCGGACCCACCUCCCAACACGCCUCCUCGUGCUCGUUCGGCUACUUUGGGAAGCAAUGGUUCUCCUGCUCCUGCAUCAGCAAUGAGCCCUCAUCGAAGAGGUGCGCAUUCCUCAACCGAGAGCGAGACGGAAUCGACGGCGAGUCGCGUGAUUCGUCGUCAACCUAGCGCCAAAACCGUCACCUGGGCCGCGACGGAGGAAGUGCUCGAAUUCGAAGUUGACGAUCGACGUGCUUCAGGUGUCAGUUACGCCUCCUCCACUAGCGAUGAUGCGGGUUAUUAUGGUCGGGAGCAGGACGAUUCGACUGAGGUCGAGGAAGGGAAUUCGAGUAUGGGCUUCGAGGAAGGAGGCUCCGUCGAGAUGCAUGAUUACAGUUCGUCCGAAGACGAGGACGAUGAUGGCGAAUCGGCCGUGUCGACUGUCGAUGAUUUGAUCGAUAAUAUCGAUCAAUUUAUGGUCGAGGAACGAGGAUACAACGAAUUCUAUUCGCCGUCCCAGAUCACGUCUGAUUUUGAUGCGAGGCCGAUGGCAGAGGCGCUUCAGGUCGCAGCUCCUUCGUCGACGUUCAGCUCUUCGACUACGACGACGACUUCGAGUGGCACCUCGACGGGAGAGGAAGAGGGCGAAGACGCGUCGAACUACUCGGAUGAUGCUGAAGGGGACGCCACGCAGGAGACGAUCGCUGCUCACGGGGACUCAGCCCCAGAUGCCUCCGCCAACGCUUCAUCGUCAUCCUCGCCUUGGUCACUCGAACGACCUUUGCCUAAUUUCCCUUCCUCAGACAGGGACUUCCUCGACUCGGUGUUGAUGAUGGACUCGCCGAAACAAUCCAAAGCCAGCAUCUCGACGUUCGAAUUGCCUGACAUUCCGGGAAUUUCCCCCUUGAUGGACUUUGGCGACGACGGUUCGGCUGGGUCGGUCGUGACGCUCGACAUGGAUCCAGCGGUGACGACGAUGAUGACGAGAGCUUCGACGUCGGCGCUUCCUCAGGCUUCUCACCCUUUCAGUUCUUCGGCCUACGCUGUUCGAAGUAUUGCUCAAUCCGCGCCUGCCCAACUGUCCCCCGCCCAGCCGAUUCGACAAGAAUCGAUCGGUGACUCGCCCAUCCUCUCGGCCUUCAACCGCACAUCCGCGCCAGUCCAACCCCUGCAAGCUUCACCACAGCUGUCACGCAAAGGUUCGGUCCAUAGCGACGCUGCUUCGAGUCUAAGUUACUACGGUUCGAUCAGCAGCGGCUCGAACGGUCCCAUCUUCAUGGGACGUGGACGACUCGAUGAGAAACUCUCGGCCCAUCAAGCGAUGCUAGAGGCUUUAUCCCCACCUUCGACUUCGACGGGUCGAUUCCCCGACACCAACAACUCCGUCCCUUCCAUUAAAGCUCGCGAUUUUGCUUUGGACGACGAUCGAAAUCAGACGAGGGAGAUCCAUGCCAAAGCCGCGAGCAAACCUUCGUCCGCUACGCUGUCGACGGGAAUGAUGCCCACCAUUCAUGGCUCGUCCGUGGUUCAAGGCCUCAAUAUCGGUGUCGGGUCCUUGUUGACGCCUCAACUUGCUCACGCCAUGUCGAGUCCUUUGGAUCGAUUACAAAAGGACGUUGAGAGGGCUGAGGGAGGUUCCGAGUGGAAGACGGGCGAUUCGUUGUUGUUGGGCGUGGCGGAGGUUCCUAAGGAGGUGGAGGAGAGUGAGGACGAGGAGGAGUUGAAGGCAAGCUUGAAAAAUCCUGAUGGUCGACCGACGAGAAGGAGGAGUUUGUCAACGGGGGAUGCCAAAGUGUCGGAGACGACUUCGGUAGGUUUUUGAUCGUUCCCCGUGGACAGUGACUAUUUGCUGAGACUUUGGCUUGAUCACGAUUUACAGAGCACCGAUGACACGCCCAAAAAGCUCGAACUGCGCUUCGAAAGGCGUUUGGCGGGCGUUCCCGAACUCGAAGCGUUUGGAAUGAGUACGCAGUCCUCUCUCGAUGAUAUCUUCAACUCGCGCCACCAUAGUUAUCGCGUGCGCGAACACAAGGUCGUUAUUAAUGCUACAGACUCGAACCGAUUGACGGCGGUCAACAAGGCGGGUGAUCUGGCGGCUAGUCCGGCGGUCAGGAGGAAACGUCCUUCCAACAUGGUGAGCGAUACUUUCGGCAGUGGUCAGGGACUUCGAGGAAGAAGCUGACUUGAUCCACUUGUUUCCAGCACGAGAUCAACCGCUCCCUCAGCACCGUCAGCGUCACCUCGACCGCGAGUCGACGCAGCAAAGCGUUCCGAGGGCAACUCUUUGUGCACAUUCGAGAAGUCCAGAUCGAUGGUGUCCCCAUGCCUCGCGAGCGUACGAACGUCAUCUUCUCGCUCGACAAUGGCAAGCAACGCGUUGAGGCUGGGCGUCGGGUGCUCGAGCCUCGCAUUGCGGUUCGCAAAGAGUUCGAGCUGUGAGCCGAAGUGGACCUUGCUUUCGAGGGAAGACCGCUGCUGACCCUCUAAGAAUUUCCUUCCCUCCCAGUGUCUGCUCCCCUGACCUUGUCUUUUCUAUCGAUCUUUCCGUGGGACCUCCUCCACCGGCCCCAGUGCCCGUACCCCAAGUCCGAAGGACGCCGCCACCACCUGCGUCUCCGACCAAGACACCCGGCAGCCGACUGCGCGCAUUGCUGUCAUCCCCGAAGAAGAAGGCCGCUUCGAAUGCCAAAGCAGCUGCAGCGACUUCUGCUCUUCCGCUACCCGUUGCCGUCGCCCCCGAUCCGUUUUACUCGUUCGUCGCUCCCGAUGGCAAGCUCGCAAGCGCGACCGUGCGCUUCGUCGACGAGGCACUGCGGUGUCGACACCAGCGAGCUCGCAUCACGAUCCCCUUCAGCAAGAACCCGGCUCUUCCCUCGAACCGCCGCGUUUCGGGCUCGGUCACGAUCGAUCUCUUCUACCUCCCUUCCAUCUCGGGUAUCGACAAAGCCGCGCUGCCCAAGUCGAUGGACGAAUCGAUCGAAGGUAUGCGCUUGGCCGAGACCAGCAUCGGCGUCACCCACGAAGGCGUCUUGACUCAGAUGGGCGGAGACUGCUCCGUCUGGCGCCGAAGGAACAUGAAGCUGCGAACGAACCGACUUGUCCCUUACUCUGAAGUGACCAAGAUGUCCCAUGUCGAGAUCGACCUCUCCCUCGUUGCCAGCAUCGAGGACCUCAACGCCACCGUUGCCUCGGGAGGCAAGUCGGGGGCCAAUUUCGACGCCGACGAUGUCGUCUCGACGAUGGACAACUCGUUCCGCCUCGUCUUCAAGGAUGAAACUUCGAUCGAUUUCUAUGCCGAUACGACCGAGUCCAAGAAGAGGUGGAUGAAGGAGAUCUCCCAAGCCAUCUCCGUUACAGGGAAUGAGCCGGUUCCGCAAUGGGCGCUCUUGGCCAAGCGUCAGGCGGCCAAGAAGGCACAAUGA